CUAAACCGCGUCGCUUUCGCCUCUCCUCACCUCCAGCGUUGGCUUCGCCGCCUUCCGUCGUCGGCUCUUCCGAUUGGUGUCACUGCAAAGGGGCGCAAGAUGUUGCUUCGCCGCUCGUCGGAAACUCUGCGGCUCAGUCUCAUCCACCUUCGCCCGUUCUCACAUGCGGCGGCGAUCACCCCGAAGGAGGGGGCGCCGCUGGAUCCUCUGGCCCCCCUCGAGUACCUGGAAGGGCUCCCGAGACCCGACCCGAAGCACGCGGAGACGAUCAUGGCGGUCCCGCGGGCGUCCUCCGGGAAGAUCAUUUCGGCGAAGGAGAGGAAGGCCGGGAGGGUGCCCAGCAUCGUGUUCGAGCAGGAGAACGGGGAGGAGGGAGGGAACAAGCGGCUCGUCUCCGUCCAGGCGAAGCAGGUUCGGAAGCUUGUUGACCAUUUAGGCCAGUCUUUCUUUCUCUCCAGGCUUUUUGAGCUCGAGGUGCGCUCGGAGUUCGGUGGCGCCGGGGAUCUUAUCGAAAAAGUCCGCGUCUUGCCACGGAAGUUGCAUCUCCACUCGGCCACUGAUGCACCCUUGAAUGUGACAUUUUUGAGAGCUCCUUCAUCGGCAUUGUUAAAAGUUGAUGUUCCUCUUGUAUUCAGAGGAGAAGAUGCAUCUCCUGGACUUAGAAAAGGUUCCUACUUGAAUGUCAUAAAAAGGACAGUCAAGUAUCUUUGCCCUGCGGACAUUGUUCCACCAUACAUCGAUGUAGAUCUGAGUGAAUUGGAUGUGGGCCAGAAGUUGGUAAUGCGAGACCUGAAGGUUCAUCCUAGACUCCAAUUGCUUCAAUCACCGGAUCAACCUGUGUGUAAAAUUGCAGGAUCGGGGGCUCAGGAGAAGAAAAAAUCUAAAUGAGUCUUCUCCGAAGCAAGCCAGUGAACCAUAUCAACAGAUGUUUGGUAUCUGCUGUCAUCCUCUUCCUCCUGUGCACUUUCGAGAUUUUCCAUAUGAUGAUUCAGGCUAGCUAGGACUAAUGACUUCAUAGACAGGAGGAGGGCUCCUUUAUUGCUGUAUCAGAGUUCAGAACUCAAAUGGUAUAAAAUCAUGAAAACAUCAGAAGAGAUUAGGUAGAAGCUCUUGCAUUUCUGUGGACAGACAGAUAAAAGAUUGAUACAGUGAACCCCUGAGUGACGGAGGAGGCUACGUUCUAGCCGAGUUAGUGUUAUUUCAUAUUUGUACGUUGUUGGCAACUUUAGCGUGGCCUCAUGAAAUGAUUGCUCGCUAUAUAGUCAUUAAUAAUGACUCUACUUUUUUA